GCCAACUUCAACAUAAAGCGUGAAUUAACGUGCACAAACGUGAACGUCGUUGACAUCCUCGAAGAAAAACAACAUUUAUUAUUAUUAAUAUUAAAAUAAUAAUUGUUAAUUUUGCCAUAAUAUGGCACAAGCAAUGAUUGAUCUUGUCAAAAAAUCUGAGGCAACUGUCAAAGAAGAAGAUAAAGAUGAAAAACAAGACAAUUCAUCAGGAUUAGAAUGUGCUGUUUGUCUUCAAACAUGUAUACAUCCAGCCAAGCUUCCUUGCAGUCAUAUAUUUUGUUAUCUUUGUAUAAAAGGUGUUGCAAAUCAACGAAAAAAUUGUCCAAUGUGUCGUCAAGAAAUUCCAACAGAUUUUGUUGAAAAACCACAGUUGGUUGAUGUUGAUGAAAGCAAAAUACCUGGUACUGAUGAAGAGUAUCAUUGGUUUUAUGAAGGAAGAAAUGGUUGGUGGCAGUAUGAUUUACGAACAAGUAUGGAACUUGAAACAGCUUAUAAACAAGGAAAAAGAACAUGUGAAUUAUUUAUUGCUUCAUUUUUAUAUAUUGCUGAUUUUGGUUCAAUGUUACAACUUCGUCGUAAUGAUCCAACAAGACAUCGUAGAAUUAAACGUGAUUUAUCAAAUGUUCCAAAAAAAGGAGUUGCUGGUCUCAGAUUAAAUAAUACACAAGAUGAUGAACCAGUUACUGUACGUGGAAUACCUGGUGCUGAGAGACCAACAAGUCCAGUCAGUGAUACAAUGGGAACUGGUGAUGGAACAAAUACACCAGUACCACCAAGCAACACACCUCAAACACCAGCAGGACAAGCCAGUGGUGAUGCAACUCCAAUUGUGGGUCAAACAACUGAUCAUCAAGGACAGGAUUCAUUACAUCAGGUUUUAGAACAAAUGCGUUCCUUAAUGCUAAGAGGACGUUUUUCAAUAAAUAACAAUAAUGAUAUUGAAGAAGAUAGAAACGACGAAAGAUUAUUUUCAGAUAAUCACACUGCAAGUCGGUGGAGUCAGUCAUCGAAUCACGAUACCACGUACAGUCAAGACGAGCAUAACUGUUAGAACUGGUGACAAGAUAAGACGUUAUCAUCCAUAUUCAAAUCAGUAUCACAAGAGAGAUCCAUCAUCAGGAAAAUAAUCAUCAUCAUCAUCAUUCUUUCUCUACAAGAAGACUUCAUCUUGUAUUUAUUUAUAUUUCUUUAUUUUUGAUUGUAAAUCAUCAAUUAUUAUUAUUUUUCAUUUCUUUUUUUUUUUCAACGACAAAUUAACCACUUGAAAUAAUUAAAAAUUUAAUUUUGGUUUUUGUGUCAAUCUAUUAUAAAACUUAUUUUUGCAGAAAAAAAAUUAAUAAGAUAAUUAAAUUCACUUUGUUAAAAACGAAUUUAAAAAUUAAAUAUAUAAAAUUUAUAUUUAUUAAUAUGAAUGUAGACUAUUCUAUUUUAAAUAUAUAAAUUAAUCAUCAAUAAAAUUAUAAAAUUAAAUAAACAAUUUAAAUUGUCUAAAUAAAUUUUAAGAGAAAAUUACUUUAUCAACUAAAAUGACAACAUGGCAGAAGGGAGAGAUGAGGAGAGAUAAUGUUUUUUUUUUUUUUUCCGUCUCAUCAAUUGUUU